GUUCAGCCUACAUUAUUCAAGCACAAGACGGGAAAUAUCUACAAGACCAGCAACCUGGUUGGCGUGGGCACUUUGCCUCUCUUGUGAAUACAAAGACUCUGUGCAGUUCUCCCACCAUAUCAGAAGACACUACCUCCUCGUUCACUUCAGCUUCUAAAGCCUUUCGCUGCUUUGUUUCACUUCAACCCACGCUCACUCAACACUCAAACAUGUCAACACCAAACUCGCGCAGAUCGGGCCGGGGCACCACACAAACACCUCCUGCAUCGAACCCCCCGCAAUCAGCUACACACCCCAACUCUGCGCCUUUCAUGGAGGCAAAAUCGGAGUACCUACGUAGUGCCCUUGAAGCCAGGCGCGCCAAAGAUGCGCCUGUCCCCCCUCCUACCGACCAUCAACCACCUCCAAGACCAGCUUCUGCCGCGUCGACAGUCGAUCCUUGGCUUAGUAACGUGGAAUUCGAAGAGGAGAUCCCCAAAGUCCCUCCCAUCCGUCGUACGCGGAGGCCGAGCGAAGGGGUUGGACCACGCAUCCCCACCUACCGAGAUAUGCAAGCGGAUAUGGAGAAACGGGAAAAUAUACUGUUGGAUAUGAAUCUUAAACUGGAGCUGCUCAGGAAGCAGAACAACGAGCUCAAAGACAAGCUGGAAGCAGCCGACAAGCGCAUCUAUGAGCUCGAAGCUCUGGAAGAAGAGAACCGCGAGCUUCGGGAAGACUGUAACCAUUUAGAGCUCAAACUGCAGGAUAUGGACGAAUUAGAAGAGGAGAAUGCGCAGCUCCAGGAACAGAACACCGAAACCCUUAAGAUUCAAGAAGAAACGGUCGCAGAAAUGGAAAAGCUGAACACUGCCAUGGACGAAGCUGCCGACAUGAUUUUCCGAUUGGACACAGAGAAUUCUCAGCUGAAGAAGGAGAACUCAGACCUGAAACUGUUAGUUGCGCGCAAUCGCUCAAGCUCCGAGGAACCAGUAUAUUAUAGCGCCGAUGGCGAAGGAAGCCCUCCACAAGGAUAUCCGACACGUGUCUACAGCAUUGAUGAGGCACGUCCGUCGACAAGCAAUUUUGACUCUGACUACUACAGUCAGCCCGCAUCGCCGCAGGUCAAGCCAACAAAGGAGGCAAAACAGUUCUCAGAGCAUGCGAAGAAAUUUCAAGAACUGAACCAAAAUGGCCAGUACGCGAUCCAAGAGCUCAGGAAGCGCGCAUCUGAAGUAUCCAUAACUAGCAGGCGAAGGUCGGCAUCCCCAGUCCCAGAGGUCCCCCAGAUUCCGGAGAAUUUCGCCAAAAUCAGCGAAUCUAAACGCGAGUCUAAGCUAGUCAAGCGGACACCGGGACGACAUCGCUCACAAGGCAAUGAGCCAGCUCCAGUUAGGGCCGUUCAAGAGAACCCCUCAAGGCCUGGUACUUCUACACCUCGUACUCCAACCUCAGCGAAGGGCGGGCUUCGUGAACUCUUUCACUCGGGGCACUCUCUUAGCGGAUCACGGCCAACAUCGAGCUAUAAGAGUCCAACUGCAUUCAAGGCAUCAAGAACCCCAGAUGCACAACCAUCCUCUCUCUUUGCCCCACCUCGACACAGCAGCCGCUUUGCUCCCACUUCUAGCUCCGCCGAACAGCUGAGGAUUGAAACAGACUCCUCAGAGUGGGCUGAGAUACCCCCUCCACCAUCUGUUAUCUCUGAAGAUCUAACCACUGAAAUAGAUCCACGAGAGGAGUGGUGGAAGAGAGACAAACGGCUCGAACAUCCCGGGGCUCGAAGCCUAUUUGCUCCAUCUCCCCUGGUCGGAAGUAGGGCAAUGCCGGCGUCUUUGGGGACUGAUUUCUUAUUCAAUGCGACAGAGGGUGAAGAUGAGUUUAUCAAGAGAACACAAAAUCAUCUAUCGAGAAAAAGGUGAAUGAAGGCCGUUGGCGCUAGCGGAUCGGUUUGCGGUACUUUGAAUUUGGCGUCGACACUGGGAUUAUUUGGCGUUUGUGAGAAAUGGGCGCUCUGCAAAGAUAUUAG